UUGAUAUUUUCGCGUGAAAAAAGCAUGAGAUCGGUAAUAAUGAAUGUCCGUCACGGUAAACAUGGUAAAUGGUAUGCCCUAAUAAGUUGGUAAAAAGUGCAUUUACAACAAACAGGAUUUUAUGGUAAAUGUUGAAACACAGAAAGUGACAAAGCUACUCCAUGAUGCCCAGAAGAGAGGCCUAUAACCUAUAUUCAGUUUUUGUGGGACAUCUGUCUAUGUCAGUGUCAAAGGCCGAGUUGUUCGAGCUCUUCUCUGGGUGUGGAGAAGUAGAGGAUGUUUUUAUAGGUGACAGUGGCUCAUCACAGUACUCUUACGGGUUUGUACGCUUUAGGGAAGUUGAGUCUGUCUACAAAGCAGUGAAAACUCUACACAGAUGGCCUCUGAAGGGAGUUAAACUUGUGGUGGAUAUUGCUAAAGAUACAGGAGACAAAAUAAAAAAAGAAGGGGAAGUUAAAAUUAAUAUAGACAAGUUGUCAUCGAGUUCAUCACUGAGUGCCCCUCUGGUGAGGGAUCGUCUUUACACGGGGACCAAGUCCAGCAUUAUCCAGGAUGUCGUACAGUUAGGGAGACUCAAGGAAACUUAUGCCUCCUUGUCAGUGGAAGCAAAACAGCAUACUGGGGCCUUUUCUGGCCACAAGUCAUUAAGUGUCACGGACAUAGAGACUUUCAUGGAGGAUGUUGAGCAGAGUAAUGGAAUAAAAUCAGAUUGUUAUGAGGGAAAAAUUCACAGUGAUGUCACCCCAGACUCUGUGUAUCAGGCACUGCUCAAUAGUGAUGACAUGGAUCCAGCAUUUGGGAUGCAGAGAUCGAAUCAGUUCCUGUCAGCACUGAGAGUGGUGAUGGGAAAUGUGGCUUCUUUUCUGAAGGACCAUGAACUGCUGUCUUCUGAAGCUGGGGAAAUGUUUGACCUGUGCAACAGGGAGGAGCAGAAUGAAGAGGAGGAAGAAGAGGAGAAGUAUGAAGAGGAGUCUUCCAGUGGGAGUAGUUCAUCACACAGCCAGAGGAAGGCGUACAGGGACUCUGGAUUUGAGUCUGAGCUAGAAACCAAGCCCAGAGAACCAGAGAGCUCGGAAUCAGAGCUGUGUCCAGUAUUUGAUAAUCUAACAUCUCCCAAUCAGGAAGGCCCAAAAUCUAGUCCACAUCUUCAAAAGGAGAUUAUCCAAUCCCAGAGCAGUAAAUGUUCAUCCUCUGAACCUGAAAGCAUGGAAGAUCUUAAACAAUUUGAAGAUGAUACACAGAAGUCAGGAGAAAGAAGAUCUGACUGGGUGCUGGAAGAACCAGAACAGAAGACAUUUAAAUCACUGGUAGAACUUAUACCAAUGAAGCAGAAUAGUAUUGAAAAAGUGAAAGAAAUGGUAAACCCAGAAUUGCAUGGUGUACAAUUAAGAGCUGACAGUAUUCUGAAAAAGGAAAAAGCAAACAAACCUUAUGAUGUAUUGGACACAGAUACUCCUAUGGUGAAACAAGCAGAUAUUCGAGUUGAAGAAGAAAACGCUGUGUCUUCAGUCAGUGGCUUGUCAUCUUCCACAGGCUCAUCUCAAAGCACAAAGUUACAAAGGUCCAAUUACUACAGACCAUUGUCUCCUGUAGCACCAGACCUUUCAAUCAUUUCUUCAGCUCUUCAUUCCAAACCAUCUAAGCCAUACUCAGGUGUUCAAUGCAGCAACAAUACAUUAGUUACUUGUCGUCCAAAAUCCAUACCUAUCGUUGAGCCUAUUGUAGACAGAUUACCCAAUGCCAUCUCGUCACCAAUCACUGAGUCGUUUUAUGUAGAUACAUCACCCGUCACCAGUUCAUCACCACUCAUCAAUCCCUUGUAUGAAGAUGAAUCAUCCACCUCAGUUUUGUUGAAUGAAAAGCAUGAACUGUCCCCACCAAAUGUCCCUAAUCAUCAUGUUAAUUCAGCACCACCUAUUAAUGACUUUGUCUCAAAAACAGAUUCCUCAGAGAUUUCUGUCAACCAAGAGAGUAGAGAUGUUCAAACCAGUACCUCCAUUCGGCGUCCAGUUUUUCACAAGAGUAUCUCUGAUUCCUGUGUUACCAGUCUUCAAAACUACACAAGGUCUCCCCCAGAUGAUGGGACAUCCAAGACUUCCAGAAAUCCAGAGUUGGAGGCUUUUCAAAGACUUGAUCUUUCAGAGUUGUUUGUGUCUUGUAACGGUAAAAAGCAAGGAGUGAACACCAAACAAUUGUGCUUGAAUGAUAUGUUUAGAUCAUGCAAUGGCAAGAAAUGGGAACUGCCUGUUGAGAAUCAACUCUGUCUUCAUGCAAAAAUAGAUGCACCUCAGAAACACCUUCCUAAAGGUGUGUCAUUUGAAGAAUGCCAGAGGAACUCGGAGACAGUUAAACUUGGGCGGGGACGAGGCCUUGAUUCACUGAGGAAGACUUUGAAGUAAUAUCUCCGAAGGUGAUUUCACAGAAGCAUCCAGAUUUUGCAGCUAAACAAUAAAGAAGAUUGUGAUUUUUAAGAGAUUUAAAGAAAGAGCUGAAUGUCGAUGUAGUCCUGUUGGGAAAAUUUUAAAAUAUUGUUAUGUUGAUGUAUAAAAGUUCACAUACUUUUAAACAGUCAAAAACAGGAUGUCAUCAAAUAUAGAACGUUUUUUUUAAAUGAAGUCAGAGUCAAGAGUUUUGAUAUUUAAAAAUAUUUCAAUAGUCCCUCUGAGCUUCAUUAGUCUGUGUUAUACUGUUAUCCUCUCUGAUGGGUUUCUUUUUUACUUAAAAAAAAAAUACUGGUAAGAAUUAUUUAAUAUUUUAAUGUUUUCACAAUAGUUACAAGAUAUAAAGUGAAUAAAUGAUAGUAUGUACAUGUAUGCUAUUAUUUUUACUACAUUAGUAUACUAAUUAUUAAAGUAAAAUUUCU